AUGCAACCCUCUACACCAAGUAAAUCACCAGUCAAGAGAACAGCACAUGACGCAACCGACAAUGACGAAACACCACGAGCCAGCACAACAAGCGGAAAAGACCUUCGGAGCAACGCAGCCAGUUUUCACUCUGAGAGUCAAAGCGAGACCUCGUCACGGACCAGCAAACGUUCGAAACGAUCUCAAUCACCAACAAAGAACUUUCCCUUGUAUGGACCCGAAGGACGUCGUCUGACGCGAGGUUCACUGAACAGUAUGAUAAACCAAGGUGCUUCAUCUGCAACACUUCGGCAUCUCAUUCGACAGAUGAAACGCGUAUUUCUACAGCAUGAAAUCAUGCCAAGGAGGUGCAAAUCACAAAUUGAGAAGCUUCCCGAGGUGGUUUAUUCAGUUGAGCCAUUGUUGGAUUACAUGUUCUACGAUGAUGGCAGCAUUGAAGGCAAGGAAUUGACAGAUAGAGCUCGUGCUGAGGAACUGGUUCGUCGGGCGUCUCGCAUUGCCGAACGGUCUGGUGAUUGUGCUAGCAUGCUUAGCGAUGAGGCAGCUUGGAAUAAUCUGGUGCAUACACCAUUAUUGGAGAUACUAGUCUCUGAGAUGGGAGAUAUCCCGGCGUAUGCUAUUUUGGACUUUAUGCCCUGUACUACGACGAACAUCGACUCGACAUACCACAGAUUUGCUGAGAGUUCAAGUCGUGUUGACUACAUCUUCCGAAUUCGUCCUAAACGCGACCCAACUGUGAACACUGAGAACAUAUUAAUAGCUCAACCACAACAACGACCUCAGCAAAUUUUGCAGACACAACAAGCAGUACAAUAUGCAGCGCUAUGCUUCAACUGGACAAGUGACAAAAUACUACAGCAGUAUCCUCUAGGCAUAAGCAUUGAGACUAAGCGUCACGGCGGCGACAUAGCUAAAGGAGAACAACAACUGGCAAUCUGGCACGCCGCCCAGUGGGAAUUCCUCAUAGCCCGAGCGGGUGAUGCAUCAGUCUCCCAACUCGGAUUUCUCCCUGGCAUAGUGGUUCAGGGACAUUCAUGGUCACUUGUCAUCACAACGAGAAGUCAAGCUACAACUACGGUCUUGCCAAGUAUUGAAUUUGGAAGGACGGAUUCAACUAUUGGUGUAUUUCAGGUUAUUGCUGGGUUGCAGAAACUGAGGGCUUGGACACUGGAGAUGCUUUGGCCUUGGUAUAAGAGGAAUUUGCCUGAGCUCAAGAACUCAACUGUCAGCUCUCUUCCACAGACAGUAGUGAUAGAGUAG